AUGAGUGGGAACCGUAUGUUCUUCCACGAGCUUGACAUCACCAUUAUGGGAAGAGUACGGUUUGGAGAUGAUUCAAGAUUUGAUAUAAUGGGAAAGGGUUCGAUUACGUUUGUUAUUUAUGGUGAAAAGAAGGUCUUGAGGGACGUUUAUUAUAUCCCAGCACUACGAAGCAACAUCAUCUCGUUAGGACAAGCUACAGAGGUCGGCUGCAAAGUAAACUUGAAAGGUGACACGCUCAAGUUACUUGACAGACACGGACAACUAAUGGUUAAGUCAACAAGGGCAAAGAACCGUUUGUACAAGGUCACACUACAAGUAGAACUUAUCGAGUGUAUGCAACUACGGCUGGAGAAGAAACUACAAUAUGGCACACACGCUUAG